AUGGUUCCACCAGUACACUUCUUCUCGCAUGGCUCAACAAUGAUGUUGGGCGAAGAGUCCAAAUCCGCCGAUUACUGGAAAGCCUGCGGCGACGAAGCCCUCUCCCACGGCAUCAAAGGCGUAAUUAUGAUGGGCGCCCAUUGGGAUGCACGCGGCGUAAACCGCAUCGACGUAUCCAUGAAUCCAGCGCCCAUCAAAUCGCCCGUCGCAUACGUCCACCCGCGCAAAUACAAGGACUACGAACUCGUUCCCGAUCUCGUGAGCGGAAAGAAGUGCAUAGCAGCGUUGCGAGAGAAGGGCAUCGAUGCACGACCGAACGAGACCUUUGAUUGGAUUCACGACACAUACCUGAUCCUGAUUAGGAUGUUUCCCGAGAAAUGCCCACCGACAACUAUCAUCAGUAUGAACUCGAGAUUCGACCCGCAUCUACACGCCCGUGUGGGUAACAUUUUGGCCAAAUUCCGAGACGAGGGCUAUCUCAUCAUUGGUACGGGUGGCGCGGUACACAACCUAUACCGGAAUCAUUGGGCGCAGAUGCUCAGAUACUCGGACAACUUGGCUCAGCCAUACCCACCCGAGGCACCGAUGCUGGAGUUUCGCCAAAGCGUCGAGGAUGUGUUCGUUCGAUGCUGCCGGAAGGGUGCGAAGAAAGGUAGCUUGACGCAUGGUAUCACAAGAUUGAUGAAACACCCUAUGUUCAGAGAUGCGCAUGCGACGGAUGAUCACUACAUGGCGGCUUGCUUUGUGGCUGGAGUCGUUGAUGGAAGCAAGAGGGAUAGUGAUGAGUGUGUACUUGGUGCUGAGGACUGGGAGUUGGUCAACAUGUGCAACAGCCAGUUUACUGUUGGAAGAUGGGAUUAG